UCCAACCAACCCACCAUGAUUACUGAAACAACUAAACCAGAUCCUGCUGCAUUGUUGCCCGAUGAAGAUGAUCAGAAGCAAAAACAUAGCGAGAUCAGAGAGAUGAUCUCUGCACUCACUCGUCGCUUUGCCGAUCUUCAAUAUGUUAACAAACCUGGAGCCGGAGGUACAACAAGCCACCACCAUGAUCAGGAUGAUGAGGAUGAUCAUGGUGUGAGAAUCAUCACGCUCGCUGGAAGCAAUUAUGGAGCCACAAUUCGAAGCGAGUUGGAGGAUAUCAAAGCCAGCAACAGCAGCCCUCAAUUAGGUGUGUCACUUGGAGGAGGGGGAGAUGAUCAGGAGCAUGAAGAAUCACUGAGUACCUACGUGAAUAGCAAUUUCCAAGCCAUCAACAAUUCAAUCAUAAUGGGUGGUGGCUACUCCAGCAACGAUCCUGGUGUUCAUGUGGACGUCUCCGAAUACAUGGAACAUCAAGCCCACCGCAAGCAAGAAAAGAAGGUCGACGGCAAGAGGAAAGACAAGGAAACCUACAAAAGCGACCAACAUUCCCAGUAUGCUGAUUAG